AACGAUUUGUACCUUAAAUUAGUAUAACAGAGUCAGUAGUUGCAUAAAGUCGUACAUCUUGCAUCAGAUGCAGAGAAAUUCAUUUAUUUGUGAAAUAUGGUGAAUGUACCGAAUCAUUCUAAAGUGACUCACCAGUUUCUAGCAAUUUUUUGUGCCAAUAUUAUCAGUAUAUCUCACGGAUGUGCUUUGGGAUGGCUUUCACCCUAUCUACCACUGUUACAAUCUGAUUCAUCUCCACUUUCUACUGGCUCAAUCAGUCUGGAGGAAACGAGUUGGAUCGGAGCAAUUUUAUGCAUUGGUGGAGUAAUUGGUAAUUCAAUUUUUGGGUACCUUUGCAAAUUAAUUGGAAGAAAACGAGCCAUCAUACUGCUAGGCCUACCGAAUUUGGGUUUUUGGCUAUGUAUCAUGUUUGGUCGUUACGUGUAUCAUCUAUAUUUGGCACGACUUUUGGCUGGAUGUGCUGGUGGAGGUCUGUACGUAUGCAUACCCUUGUUCGUAAGUGAAAUAGCAGAGGAUCGAAUCCGUGGUACACUCGGAUCACUGCUUCUCGUAUGUUCAAAUAUUGGGAUUUUAAUGUCUUUCAUAGCUGGUGCAUACGUCAAAUAUUCAUUGUUUCCAUGCAUAAUGAUUGUGUUUCCGUUGAUGUUUAUAAUUUCGUUCUAUUUCCUCCCGGAAACACCACAAUACCUUUUACAGCACGAUAAAGUUAAGGAAGCAGAAAAUGCAUUACGGUUUUAUCGUAACGCUCAAGUUUGUGACGACAAAGAGGCGUGUCAAAGAUUUGAACAAGAACUUGCGAAAAUUACACAAUUUGCUAAGCAGAAUACAAUCAACGGUGAAGGAAUUCAGUUAUCCGACUUUUGCACUCCAGCUGCUCGCAGAGGUCUUCUAAUUGGCGUUAUGUUGAUGGCAAUCAAUCAAUUCAGUGGAUGUUUCGUUCUGCUGAAUUAUUCUGCAACAAUUUUCCGGGACUCCGGAUCGGAUAUCAAUCCGAACACCUCUUCAAUCAUCAUGGCGUCCAUUCAAUGUAUUGGAACAUAUGUGGCAACGUUUUUGGUUGACAAAGUCGGUCGAAAGCUUUUACUGACGAUAUCCGCGUCGGCUACAACCAUUGGUUUGGCUGUAAUGGGAACAUAUUCAUAUCUGGACCACCUCGACUUCGAUUUGCACCAUUUCGAUUGGGUGCCGGUUGUCAGUUUAUCAUUCGUAAUUUUUAUUGCAUCAAUUGGCAUUCUUCCACUACCCUACAUUGUUUUAGCUGAAGUCUUACCGGAUAAAAUACGUCGGGUCGGUUCCACUAUAUGCGUGGCGUCUAUAAGUGCUAUGUCAUUUUUAAUUUUAAAAACUUUUCCUGUCCUAACAAAUUUAAUUGGUUUGUAUGGGUGCAUGUGGCUGUUUGCCGGAUUUUGUGCAUUCGGUACUUUAUUUAUCGUUUUCGUUGUGGAUGAAACGAAGGGCACAGUUUUAGACACCGUGAAAACUCGCUGUAUGAGCAUCUAUUAGUACGUUAGAUGAACUCGUAGAUGUAAGAAUGAAAAUAAACGAUUUUUUACU